UGACAUCUCUGACUCUGACACUGUCAGCGAGCUGCGAGUUGUCAAAUAAAAAACAAGUUGUAGUUUAAUUUGAUAUGUACAUGAAUUUACAAUCAUUUAAUAAAGCGAACGACUGUGACAUCAACAUUCGAAAAUGAAUAAUGAACUUAAUUAAAAUGCAAAUUUCGGGAUUAACUAUUUAUUUGUUCUAACACUUUUUUAGAUCAAAAUCGCGUUGUGACUCGAACGAACUGCAAAUGUGUAUAACUGGUUGUUUCUUAAAUUUCGUGUAAAAAUAAUCGAAUUUGAGGGUUACCAACAGAACCGCUACCAUUACAAUGGCGACCGUGGAGAACACCAAAAAGAGCCCCCAACUGCACAAAAUCAAGCUGAAGGUGGUGAACAGCGGCACAGUGGCUGCGAGCGACUCAGACGCUAGCGUUGAGACAAACAGUCUGAGUGCUGAGAGCGCCACGGAGCAGAAUCAGGCGGAGCAGAAUCAGGCGCAGCAGAAUGAGAAAAAAAAGAAGAAGAUCAGGAGAGGAUCGGAAUGGGAGAUCAUGGAGGGGCUGAAAGACGGACAGAGGUUCGAGAAUAAGCCGAACACCUUCACCGGAUAUCUGCACAAAAAGAGGAAGUGGCCUCUUAAAGGCUGGCAUAAGAGAUACUUCAUGAUAGACAAGGGCAUCCUAGUCUACGGCAAAGGCCCCAACGAUAUUACCAAAGGCAAAAUCCACGGAACUCUAGACAUUGGCCUCUCAGUCAUUUCCACGAAGCAGAAACGGAGGCGAAUAGACAUCGACGCCGAGGAAUUCAUCUACCAUCUGAAGACGAAAAGCGAUGAAACGUUCACCAGUUGGGUGCAGCAAUUGACGGCGCACAGGCUCUACAGGCAGCACGUUUUGACCUACGGCACUAACAUCGGGGCCUUAUUCAAGCCCGUCGACGGAAUUAAUACCAUUCCCAGGACUCCGGAGAUUAUGAGCCGCGACGGCAGCUUAACAAGAGGCCUAAAACCACCCAAUGGCGGCAGCAGGCUUAGCACUUGGAUACAGGAAUCUGUAAACAGUAUUGAGCAGCAUCAACGCGAUGCCAGCGUUAUCGAACAAAACAUCUCCAAGCUAAGUAGGCUGCUUCAGCAGAUCGAGAGCAGUAAUCCGAUUGUUAUCGAGAAUACUGCCGAGGCGGUUUCUCCGAACGUAAAAAAGGAUAGAAGAAAGUUCGGGCUGAAAAAGAAGAAAUCUUCAUCAUCCAAAGGAGGCAGCGUAGAUUUAACUAUUCAGUUAAAUAAUGCAAAGGCGAUUACUGAUACCGACAAUACAUCACCGUUAUCGGCUAACUCAUUUUCUGGUUUGUCGACUUCAGCCCCAGCUAAUUCUAUCCUCACAACGUUGCCUAUUCCAUCUAAUACCACUGUAACGGCUCCCACUCCGGAUAGUUUGAGCAACGUUGAUGUGAUUUCGCUCUCGGCUGAAAACCAAAUGAGGGAGGAUUUUAUUACGCUAGCGAAACAAGUGAUAGGUAGCUUGAAAUCAUUGGUGUUCGGCAUCAGCACUGAACGCGAACGUUUAAAAUCGGCCUUAGAAUCGGAAUUGCAAGUUCCUUCUACCGUUUCGAAUCAAAACAUAGUAACGCUGAAGAACAGUCUGAAUCAGGUGUUACAGCAGAAUAUGGACCUUAAAACUAGGCUAGUCAAAAUACACGAGGCGUCUGAUUUGGCGGACCUCUCUUGCGUAGAAAAUCUCACCGAAAACCAACAAAAUCACCGUGCCUACGCAGCUUCGCUGAGCUACAGUUCAUCGUGCGUCAGCGCAACUGAGUUUUUUGAUGCCGAAGAGCUUGUUCCGGAUCAGAAAUCCACCAAAUAUGGGCUCGGAGAAGAGGAAUCAGAGGUGCGAACUAGAUCGGAGAGCAGCUCCGAAGGUGGUUCACUUACCAGCGAGGGAGAGGGCAGUAUCAGUUCGGAGGAGUCGGAAUUGGGGGUGUUGGAGUUGGAUACGGAGAAUUGCAGCGACGUGAGGGAGUCCCAAGGCUUGACGGGUCGCAGGACGUUCCUCCCGGUGCCCCGACCCGUCACAGAAGGCCUAUCCCUUUGGAAUCUCCUUAGCCGUAAUAUUGGAAAAGAUUUGUCCCAAAUCAGCAUGCCUGUGACCUUAAACGAGCCUCUUAAUGUUUUGCAAAGGCUGUGCGAGGAAUUGGAAUACUCUGAGUUGUUGGAUAGAGCAGCUGGGAUAGACGAUCCUUAUGAAAGAAUGGUGGAAGUGGCUGCUUUCGCUGUAUCUAGUUAUGCCAGUACGUUGAGUCGAGCUGGCAACAAGCCGUUUAAUCCACUGUUGGGCGAGACUUACGAAUGCAUUAGAGAAGACAAAGGUUUCCGCUUCAUCUCCGAGCAGGUGUCCCAUCAUCCGCCAGUAGGCGCUUGCUACGCGGAGAGCCCCCAUUUCACAUUUUGGCAGGACGCCAGGGUCAAAACGAAAUUUUGGGGAAAAAGCAUGGAAUUCCAACCCUUGGGCAGCGUUAAUCUUCUCCUACCGAAAACCGGCGACUUGUAUACGUGGAACAAAGUGACGACGUGCGUGCAUAACUUGUUCAGCGGUCAGCGAUGGGUGGAUCAGUACGGAGAGCUCAGAAUUACGAACGGCAGGAUCACCUGCAAGCUCACUUUUGCGAAAGCCAGUAACUGGUCGUCUAAGAGACACGAGGUCGUCGGUGCCGUGUACGACGAAUCAGGCCAAGCCGUCCGAAAGCUGUUCGGCAAGUGGUCGGAAUCGUUGUAUUGCGGCGUAGCUCCGUCCGCGAGAUGCAUUUGGCGAGCCGGUACAUUGCCGCCCAAUCACGAACUGUUCUACGGCUUUACGCGAUUCGCCAUUGAAUUGAACGAAUUGGGACCUGAUUCGCAUCUGUUGCCGCCCACCGAUACGCGUUUCAGGCCCGAUCAGAGGGCGUUGGAGGAGGGUGAUCUCAGCACUGCGGAGACGUUGAAGUCGCAGCUGGAGAGUAUGCAAAGAGAUAGGAGGAAACGUAGAGAAGAAUUGAACAUUACCUACGAGCCCAGAUGGUUCUCUUGUUCCCAGGACGACACGUGGCAAUUCAAUGGAAAAUAUUGGGACACCCGAAAGAAUCCCGGAUUCUCAAACUUGCAAUUCGAAUCGCUUUGGUGACCUGAGGUGUACUUGUUUAGGUGACACUUAAGCGGAUUCACAAUUAUGACUCGUAACGGUGAUUGGUAAAUUUAAUUCCCCCCUUGUACCAGGUACUACUAGGGUUAAGCGUUUUUUUUCCCCCAAUUUUUAGGUUAUCUGAUUAAUAUUUUUUUGUUAAGUUUUUGGAUGAAUAUAAUGUUUUAAAUGUUAUUAAUAUAUUAUACAUAUAUAUUUUGUAAUUAUCUAUUAAUUUGAAGGUGUUAAAAACAUAUCAAUAUUUGAUAAUAACGGUUAUCAAAGAUAUUUUUUUUACGUCCUUGGCAGCCUAUAUAUCGGACUAUAAAACCUCUAAAAUGAAUAGUUUUAAAUAAUGUGGCAUAUUUUUCUUUGUCUUCCCAACCAAUGCAUUAAAAUUUGAACGUUGCGAAGACUAUCAAGAAAAAGAAUGUAAAAUAGAAUUUUCUAUCAUAGAGUCAGUCAGAUAGUAUAGAAAACAUGUUUUUAAUUAUAUUUUAUCAACAUUUACUGUGUUGCGGGAGAUUAAAUAUAGUUUUACGCUUUAUUGCUUAUGAGGAAAAAAUGUAUUUUAACGCCUUCAAAGUUUGAAAUGAAACCCAGUUUUUUUCUCUAGCGGAAAUAAUGUAAAAAUUUGAAUAUAAGUUUCUUUUUACAGGAUGUUCCAAAUUAGUCGCUGAUAUGUCAAACGUGGUUCCUAUUUUACAAAUUUAGCGUGUGUAUAGUAUUUAGAAUAAUCUGAAAUAUGGUUAAUUUUUGCGAGAAUUUUCUUUUAAAAAUUAUGAGGACUUUUUGGAACACACUAUAUCGCUAUAAAGGAUAAAGCAAUUGCAACCAAUUGAGAUUUUUCAAUGAAAUUCCGGUUCAUAUUUUCAAUUUAAAAAAGUAUUUAGAAUGGCACUGUAUAAAAAUCAAUUUUAAGUCACGUUUUUACAAUAUUUUAUGUUUUAUAUUUAUUAGUUUUUUUUUAAGCAAUAAAUAUUGAAAGGAUGAAAGGAAUGUAUAAAUAAAUCUUGUAAACAUUGUAUCUAGCUUUAGAUAAUUAGAUACUGGGGCCGAACUUUUAACAUUUUCUACUUCAAAUAUUUUUUACAAUUAUAUCGUAAACAAAUGUUUUUUUAUACAUGGUGUCCUAUUAAUGCGUAAUUGCUCGAUAUUUCAAUUUGUGUUAUAGACACGCAAACAAGUUUCAAAUAAAAGUUACAUGCAUUUGAAAAAGACAUAUUUUAAAAAUAUUGUUGAAUAUACAGGGUGUUAUGUUUUUGCCUGGCAAAUAAAAAUGUAUAUUUUUUAAAUAGAAC